AUGUUCCACCUUGCAAAAGGACUAUACGCUAACUGGAAUCGAAGGGAGCAGUACUCAAUUCUUAUACUGGGUCUUGACAAUGCUGGAAAGACUACUUUUUUAGAGAUGCUUAAGAAGGAAUACUCCAAGAGUUCAAAAGCGCCCGAGAAAAUAACGCCCACCGUGGGCCAAAACGUUGCGACCAUACCGGUAGAGUCAAGCGUAUUGAAAUUCUGGGACGUUGGGGGGCAAGAAUCAUUGAGGGCGCUUUGGCCAGAGUACUUUCGCCAAGCACACGGAAUCAUAUUUGUAAUCGAUAGCACCGACCGCGAACGACUUGAAGAGUGCUAUCAGACGCUGAGGACCAUUGUGACCAAUGAAGAUGUGGAGGGCAUACCUAUACUUAUGCUGGCGAACAAGCAAGAUCGAGAAGAUAGAAUGGAGGUGCAGGACAUAAAAGAGGUAUUCAACAAAAUCGCAGAGCAUCUGGGCGCCAGGGACAGCCGCGUGCUCCCGAUCAGUGCUUUGACGCGGGACGGUGUUAAAGAGGCUGCAGAGUGGAUUUUGGUACGACUCAGAAGAAAUAAAGCUAACAAGCCACCCCUGUACAAGUGA